ACAUGACCUUAAAAAAAGUUUUGACACAGCUCAAUUUUUUUUUUUUGUUUUGGACACUAAGUUGCAUUCAGUGUUUUGUUGGAGUGCAUCUUCCACGUUCUGAGCAUGUAGCGAGCCAAUCAAAUGCGGCGCUUCAAAACAAUUACUUCAAUUCUAAAUUUUCUUUUUCGCCUUAUGUACAAAAUUUAAAAAAGCAAUUUCGCCAUCCUAGCAGUUUACCAGACAAGCCUCUAAGUUUUGUUUAUCAGGCGACGUCAUCUUGUGAAGCCACUUUGGCUCAAUUAAACUCAAAUGCGGCAUUGAAUAAAACAUCUAUUCUUCAGGCUUUUAAUCUGAUUUUCUCGUUCUUCGAUAAAAACAUUUCAAUUCAAGAUGACAAAUCUUUAACAUAUGCUUUCACUGUUGUUUACAAUUAUUUCAAAUCACCCAAAAUUGUUUCAAUCAGUUCUUCCGUUGUUUUACAUAUGUUAUCUUCGUGUAGAAUGGGUCCAAGUCAACGGACUCUGCCCAUGCAACUCAUUGCGCACGGACUUUCUCAGGUUCUUGAGCAUCCUUUAUGUUUACAGCUAAUGUCGCAACCCUCACUCGCCACGCUUCAAGAUGGGGAUGAUAAUACGAUCAUUCAUUUAUCUGUUCUUCCCGGGAGUCUUUUCAUUUUAACCUACGUUAUCAAUAAAUUAAAUUUACUUCAUAGUGAAGAUUAUAUGAAGCUAUUUUUAGCUCAAAAUAAGCAAGGUUUUACUCCCUUGAAUUUGGCUGUUUUAAAUCAUUAUAGCACUAUUGCCGAAUCUCUUCGAGCCCAUCACACAGUUUACUCAGCUCUCGCAAAAAAUGCAUCAACGACUUUUAAAAAUGAUAAUUUUCUAUUAGGAGAACGUAUCAAGAGCGUUGGCUAUCCUGAAUCGCAAUCAUGUUUUAAAACGUUAGAGUCUCUUAGUAAAUUCCAAGCUGUUUGGAAUGCUCCAGUAGCUGCUGCUAUACGGGUUAUUGUAGCCAGUCUUCUACAACCACCCGAUAAUAAGGAUUUAUUAGACAAACAAAUUUCUCAAGCUCUUUUACUUAUUUCUCAAUACAGUUCAACAUCUUUGUCAUUAAAAUCGUUUCAUAUUGUCCAAUCCUUCCAAACAUGCUUUUUAGAUCAAAAUAUGAACACGUUUCUAACUUUAUUUGUACGCUACGGACUGGUUCAGUCAUUAAAGCGUAAUAUCGAAAUUUUGUUACCUCAGUCGCAUUCCAUGCGUAAAAUUAGGGAUAAAAACAAGAAUAACAUACUUCAUUUCGCCAUUGACUCAAAAAGUGCUGAGAUAUUACUUUGGGUUUUGUCCAAAAUUCAUUCAGGACACUUUAAUUCAAAAAAUAGUUCAGGGAAGUCUUCGGACGUAUCAGUGUUGGCUCUGUAUUACCAACAAAAUAAUAAUGGCUUCACUCCUUUAUCUUACGCCAAUCAGCAUGGAACAAUUGAAAUGAUUAAUAUACUUCAAGCACAUUAUGCUGUAUAUUAUCAAGACAGUCGUUUUGAUUUGCAACAGUAUUGCCCUUCAUUCUCUGAGGAUACCACUUCUUGCUGUCAUACAUUACUGAAUAUGAAAAAUUCUUUAGAUCUUUACAAUUCUCCUUUUGUUAUAGCAUAUCGAACCAUUGGAUUCAGCUUUUUAGAACAUAAUUCGUUGAAUUUUUUAGAUUUAGAUAAAUUCGUUUUUAAAGCUUUAACUGUCAUUACGGAUCAUUUAACAAAAUCAAUGGAAGGUGUUCUAUCGGAUCCUUCUAUCCUUCAAUUAAGUGAUUGUUUUUGGUCAUCUCGGAAAGAGAACAUACUUAUGAUGAUCAUUCGAUUUGGUCUUAUUGAAACUUUAAAUAUGCCUCAUUUUCAAUUUUUUUUACGUAGUUCCCAUAAUCUGUCCUCACUUAUCGAUAAUGAAGGUCACAACCUUCUCCAUUUAGCCGUUUUAUCCAAAAAUGCCGAUGUUGUUCUCCAAGUUAUUCACCUACUCGAUUCGGAAUUCAUUCCUAUUCUUGACCUUAUGACGCAAAAAGAUUCAAGAGGGUAUAGUCCAAGAGAAUUAGCAGCCUUCCAGCGAUCAAUAUUAAUAUAUGAAAUUUUAACAGCUCAUUAUACCACAUCUCUUCUUCAAAAUACAUAACAACACUUUUCGUCAAGUCCACUACAGUCUACAUGAAAAUUCUCUAUAUUAUCAAUAUUGAAACGAAUGAACUUGCAUUUUUAUAACGGUUUUUUUUGUUUAGCAAUUCAUUGCUUUUUUUUUUUUCUUAAGUCCAAAAAAAAAACGGCGCAUUGAAUUUUUUUUAAACUUUGCAAAAUCGAAACAUUCUAAAUAUUUUUAAGACUCUAUAAUAAACCAGGAGAUAAACAAAUACUAGCACAUUUUUGAUGAAAACAAAAUAAGCAUUGCCAAUUAAUCAUUAAAAAUUAAUAGGUGUUCUGUAAUUGUGAAGAAACAACUGUUACAGCAUCUCCUCUUACAAAGACCAUAGGAAGCUGUCUUAUCGAUUU